UCUACUAGCUAACAAUUACCAAAUGCUAAAAAAUGUAAGACAGAAUGUAAUCAUUAACUUAAACAUAUACUGGUAGCUGCUACUUGUUGAAGGAGUGCUUCCACAAGGCUGAUGAGACACAGCAGUCUAUCCAGAUAGCAGAGGCUUGAUAAUUUACUAAAUGAAUUUAUGUGAGGGUGACAUAGAUAUCACUGCUGAGGUUCUUAGUUGGGUUAAAACCAGUACACAAGACACAAGAGAAAAGCUGUGGUCUGAACUAGAAAAACAAAAACAGAAAAAAAGCCCCAAGGCUGCAUGACCAGAACCACAAGAUUCAGCAAACAAAUAGGGUGGAUGAAGGAUCUGCUGUUUCUUUGUCUUAGGUUCACUGAUACGAUCAGGAAAAGGCUAUAUUGCUUAAAGCUGUAAAUGACAUACGGAGGGCCGGUGUUUAGCUGCUUGGUGCUCGGUGCUAAUUCCCCAGUGCCUCUUCCAGCCUAGUCUUCCUGUCCACGGAGGAAUUCUUGCUGCUUCACAUACAAGCUUCUUUUUUUUCUCCUUGCACAGACACUCGCCAGUCUGCAGCAGUAAUCGGACAGCUCUCACUCCAGCUCCGGUUAGCCCCACAGAGAUAUUGCACUGUGGCUAUGUUAACGCUUAAAAACUUUUAACAUUUAUAUUGCAUCCAUCAUAGGCCUUGUGUUCUUAAAAGCAGAGUGUUGCACUUAGACAUGGUCAAAAAUGGAAAACCUGAAGGAAAUUUAAAAAAGGGUAACAAAUAGAGAAAAGUCAGUGGAUCCCAACCAUUUUUAUUGCUGUGAAAAAAAUUCAAACUGAUUCAGAUGUUUCUGAUCCAUCAAGUUCCAGGUCUAUGGAAAUGCAGGAUCUAGCCAGCCCACACAGCCGAGUAAGUGGAAGCAGUGAAUCCCCUAAUGGGCCCACACUUGACAACUCACAUAUCAAUACUAAUUCCAUGACACCAAAUGGCACAGAAGGUGAUACCAUCACUAUGCUCACCACUGCAGACUGGUUGUUAAGUUCUAGUACACAGACCACUGCAGUUAAAACUGAGCCAAUGAGCAACAGUGACAUUGCCACAGUGACAGCAGACGGGACUUUAGACAAUUUCUCAGGAUCAGUUAUUGGAAGCAGUGGCUUCAGCCCAAGACAAACUCACCAGUUCUCUCCACAGAUUUACCCUUCCAACAGACCAUAUCCACAUAUUCUGCCUACCCCUUCAUCACAAACUAUGGCUGCUUAUGGACAGACGCAGUACACCACAGGAAUGCAGCAAGCAGCCACUUAUGCUACCUAUUCACAGCCAAGCCAGCCUUAUGGAAUUCCUGCCUAUGGUACAUUAUGGGCAGGCAUCAAGACAGAAGGCGGGCUGACCCAAGCGCAGUCUCCAGGACAGACUGGCUUUCUAAGCUACGGUUCAAGCUUUACAACCCCUCAGACAGGGCAGGCUCCUUACAGCUAUCAGAUGCAAGGUGGCAGUUUUACAACAACAUCAGGACUUUAUGCAGGAAGCAAUUCCCUCACAAAUUCUGCAGGAUUUAAUAGUUCACAACAGGAUUAUCCUUCUUACCCAGCUUUUGGCCAAGGUCAGUAUGCACAAUAUUACAACAGCUCACCCUACACCUCCCCUUAUAUGACAAGCAACAACACCAGCCCGACGACACCCUCUACCACUGCAACAUAUCAGCUUCAAGAACCCCCGUCUGGCAUCUCCAGUCAAGCUGUUACAGAUCCUACUACAGGGGAGUACAGUACAAUCCACAGUCCAUCAACUCCCAUUAAAGAUUCAGAUUCAGAUCGAUUGCGUCGAGUUUCAGAUGGAAAAUCACGUGGCCGAGGCAGGAGAAACAUUAACCCCUCGCCACCCCCAGACUCUGACCUUGAGCGCGUUUUCAUAUGGGAUUUGGAUGAAACAAUCAUCGUUUUCCAUUCCUUACUCACUGGAUCUUACGCUAACAGAUACGGCAGGGACCCUCCUUCGUCUGUGUCACUAGGACUUCGGAUGGAAGAAAUGAUCUUCAACUUAGCAGAUACACAUCUUUUCUUCAAUGACUUGGAAGAAUGUGAUCAGGUCCAUAUUGAUGACGUGUCUUCAGAUGACAAUGGCCAGGACUUAAGCACAUACAACUUUGGCACAGAUGGUUUCCAUGCAGCGGCAACCAGUGCAAAUCUCUGCCUAGCAACUGGUGUACGAGGAGGAGUUGACUGGAUGAGAAAACUUGCCUUCCGGUAUAGACGAGUGAAAGAAAUAUAUUCAACCUAUAAAAACAAUGUUGGCGGUCUGCUGGGUCCAGCUAAAAGGGAAGCCUGGUUACAAUUGCGAGCAGAGAUAGAGGCCUUGACAGAUUCCUGGUUAACACUGGCACUUAAAACACUCUCAUUAAUUCACUCAAGGUCAAACUGUGUGAAUAUUCUAGUCACGACGACGCAGCUCAUACCUGCCCUGGCAAAGGUCUUACUCUACGGACUGGGCAUAGUAUUUCCAAUAGAAAAUAUUUAUAGUGCAACAAAAAUAGGGAAAGAAAGUUGUUUCGAAAGAAUAAUCCAGAGGUUUGGGAGAAAAGUAGUAUACGUUGUGGUGGGAGAUGGAGUAGAAGAGGAGCAAGCAUCUAAAAAGCACAAUAUGCCCUUCUGGAGGAUCUCCAGCCAUUCUGACCUUAUGGCCCUUCAUCACGCCUUGGAACUUGAUUACUUGUAGCACCACAGCAGCCACCUGAGCCUCAUGCCAAUCUAACCCACAGACUACACUGCAGAAAGUGUUGACAUAUUUGUCUUAAACUUUCACCUUUCUCUGAAUUGAGAAGAAUGAAUUGAUGGGAGGGCAGGGGCUGACCCCGGUCCUAUGAAUUUGCUGAUUUUAAAAAGCCAUCAAAAUGUUUUAACAACCCUCGCUCUACUUUGUCGUUACAAGGGUUCACACCUGUGAAGAAAUCAGAGCUAACUUUUGACACUGAGCCUUCGAUCUCACAAAGUCUUUGCCAUGGCAAUUUCUCUUAUUUCAAUAAAAGCACACUGAAGACUUAAUUGAACAAAGAAAGUGGAAUACAUUUGCAUGUGAGGACUGAAGAACACUCACGUCCAGGGUACUCUGUAAUUUCAUAUUUAUGAACUGAUGGUUUUGUGUCACAAUCUCCUAUGAAGGUACUCUAAUAUGGACUUAAGCCUUUUGACAGCACAAAGCACAUUUAAUUCCAUCGCAUCAGUAAGUAGUUUAUAAAAAUGAUUUGUAGUAAUUUAAGAAAAAAAAAAAAAGAUUUACAUUGCUGAGACAAUCGUGUACAGAAAAUUACAUUUGUUUGUGUAAAUUUGUAAUCACUGGACUAUACCUUCGCAUAUUGUUUAAGAACAUGCUAUUGGAAGGUAGCAAUGCCUUGUUGUUGAAGUAUAAAAGGCAUUGUGUGCACAUCAGGUUGUGCUGUGCCUUAAAGUGUUGAUGUGUUAAAAGUGCAACUUUUUUUUUUAGUUUGUUUUGUUCAUUAUAAAUAUGUAGAUAAUGGAAUUCUGUGAUAACUUGUUUUGUCAAGACCAAAAGCAUGGAUGCCAAGUGUCAAGAAUAAUUAUUUCAUUCUGUCUUUCUUUCUUAGUGUUUCUCUUUCAGCAAGGUCAGUGCAGGUCAUGAAUCUUCACGAGAAAAAAGGAUAUAUAUAUAUAUAUAUAUAUAUAUAUAUAUAUAUAUAUAUA